AUGUCGUUUAUGAUUGAGAGAAUUCUUGGUUCAUCGUUGACAGCAACAAAUACAAAUCGAAGUGCACUUGUAUCAUUAACAAAUACUUCAAUCAAUGUUUCAUCAAAUAAUAAGCAAAAAGAACGUCGUAUGUGGAAAUGUGAAAUUUGUUCGAAACCAUUCGACCGUCCAUCGUUGUUAACACGACAUAUUCGUACUCAUACAGGUGAAAAACCUCAUGGAUGCGAUGUAUGCUCAAAAGCAUUUUCAACUUCAUCAUCAUUAAAUACUCAUCGUCGAAUUCAUUCCGGUGAAAAACCACAUAUUUGCGAAAUAUGCAGUAAAUCUUUCACGGCAUCAUCAAAUCUUUAUUAUCAUAAAUUAACUCACAGCAAAGAUAAACCUCAUAAAUGUUGUCAAUGCUCAAAAAGUUUUGCAACACCAGGUGAUCUUCGUUGUCAUUCACACGUUCACAAUGGCACAUGGCCAUAUCGUUGUCCGAUAUGUACACGUGGAUUUUCUAAACAAACAAAUCUGAAAAAUCAUCUUCUCAUUCACACUGGUCAAAAGCCAUUUCAAUGUCAAUUCUGUUCAAAAAAGUUUUCCUUAUCUUGUAAUCUUCGAUCACAUAUUCGUACAAAUCACAAUGAUUUUCCUAUCGAUUUUUCCUCGUCAUCAUCAUUUUCAGAACAUCAUUCUCUAUUGAUUGUUGAUGAUCAUGAUGAAAAUGAUAUUAUCGAUAUUGAAAACGAUGAUUGA